UGUGUGUGUAUAUGUAUGUAUAAUGUUUUUCUACCGUGUCUCCGUAGUGACGAGCUUACUCUGGAGGGGAUCAAACAGUUCUUCGUUGCCGUGGAGAGAGAAGAGUGGAAGUUUGACACUCUGUGUGAUCUCUACGACACGCUGACCAUCACUCAGGCCGUCAUCUUCUGUAACACCAAGAGGAAGGUGGACUGGCUCACGGAGAAGAUGAGAGAGGCCAACUUCACCGUGUCCUCGAUGCAUGGAGACAUGCCUCAGAAAGAGAGGGAGUCCAUCAUGAAGGAGUUCAGAUCAGGAGCCAGUCGUGUAUUGAUCUCUACGGACGUCUGGGCUCGAGGUUUAGACGUUCCUCAAGUUUCUCUGAUCAUCAACUACGACCUUCCCAACAACAGAGAGCUCUACAUCCACAGGAUUGGUCGGUCUGGUCGUUACGGUCGUAAGGGCGUGGCCAUCAACUUCGUGAAGAACGACGACAUCCGGAUCCUGCGUGACAUCGAGCAGUAUUACUCCACCCAGAUCGACGAGAUGCCCAUGAACGUGGCCGAUCUGAUCUAAACAUGGAUGCAUUUUCAGAAGCCCCGCCCCUUUUACUUCCUGUUAUCUCCUGUAUUUGUUUUUUUUCUCUUGUUAGUUUUAGUGUAUUUCUCAAUUUCACUGUUGAGGUGAAAACAACUGUAAGACAUGAUUUGUUUUUGUAAAUAAAGUUGUUUUGAUUUCACCUAAA